AUGCAAACCGAAAGUCCUAAAAAUUUUCCUUCUAUAGAGUUUUUUCUACCCGAUGAUAAUAAAUAUGAUUCUGAAAAAACUCUUGAUUUUCUUGGAUAUGAUUUAGUUGAAAUGUUGGAUAAUAUAAACGUGGAGCAAAAUGAAGUAAUAAUAGAUGAUAAUGAGAUGGAAAAAAUAGAUGAUGUUAUAUCAGAAGAAGAAUAUGAUAAUGAUGCUAUAAUCUAUGAUGAUGUAAAUAAUUUACAAAAGAGAAAGAGAAAACGUAGAAAAAAAAUUUUUUUACAAACAGAAAUAGAUGAGUUAUGGAAUAAAUUGCAUGCUAAUAAAUAUUUUAUGGAAGAAAUAACACCAAAAUUGGUUCGUUGUAAGUGUGGUAAAGAAAUUCAUUUAGAUCGAGAUUUUAGAGAUAAAAAUCUUACAACACAUGGCGAAUUAAGUAAUUGUAAAUAUAGUGGAGAAGGUCAACAAAGUAUUAAAGUUUUUUUUAAACCUAAAAAGAUUAGAUAUGAAGAGGAAAACACAAUUGUCCAAAAAGUUGCGUGUAAAGGAUUAUAUGAAGAAAAGUAUUAA